AUGGAGCAGGCAAAGACACCCCUGCAGGUGAUUGUGAAUGCGUCACUAACUCCACCAGGCAUUGGGGGUAUGGCUGCGGCGUUGACCCUGGGUUUACGAGGACAUCAGGUCACCGUCCUGGAAUCGGCACCCAAGCUCAUGGAAGUCGGGGCUGGCAUUCAGGUCUCUCCGAAUAUGCUGACGCUCUUUGAUCGGUGGGGUGUCUCGCCGUUGAUCCACGCCAAGGAUGUGGCUUUGGAGCAUAUCCAUGUGCGACGAUGGGAAGAUGGCAGCAUUCUUGCCACUUUGCCAGUCAACAAGUCCUACGGCCAACAGACGGUCAUCCACCGGGCUGACCUCCACAACGCUCUGAUUGAGCGGACACUGACGCUAUCCAAUGUGGAACUGCGCGUCAACUCCCCCGUCGCCGAGGUCCAGUUUGACCCGGCAGCGGUGGUCUUGGCCAAUGGCAAUGUGGUCGAGGGAGACAUUGUCAUCGCUGCUGACGGUAUCAAGUCUGCUCUACGGGACCAACUGCUGGACGAAUCCUCGGUCAAGGCCAUCCCCACGGGUGAUGCAGCUUACCGAAUUAUGCUGCCCCGCAGCGCUCUCGAAAGCGAUCCGGAGUUGAAAACCUUGGUUGAUGAGCCGCAAGCUACUCGGUGGCUCGGACCCGGCCGUCAUAUCAUUGCGUAUCCAGUGCGCAAUCACGACAUGUACAACGUCGUCCUGCUUCACCCUGACCGCCACGGCGUCGAGGAGUCGUGGACGACCAAAGGCUCCAAGCAAGCCAUGGCUGAAAACUACAAGGGAUGGGACCGACGGGUCACGAAGCUGAUCGACCUGGUCCCAGACGAUGACGUCCUGGAAUGGAAGCUGUGUCUGCACGCCCCAUUGAGAACCUGGGUCCGGGGCUCCGUGGCUCUCAUUGGUGACGCCUGCCACCCCAUGCUACCGUACGUUGCGCAGGGUGCUGCUCAAGCCGUGGAGGAUGCGGCUGCGCUUGGCGUCCUGCUCUCCACUAUCACCUCGCGGGCCGAAAUUCCCACGGCGCUGGAAGCCUACGAGAAAUCUCGGAAGCCCCGCGCGGAGACCGUCCAGCAAUCCGGCUCGGAAAACCGCAUCACGCUGCACCUGCCCGAUGGUCCGGAGCAGCGCGCGCGCGACGAACAAUUCCGCGCCUCACUGACGAGCGGUUCGAAUCCCGACCGAUGGUCCGAUCUGGAGACGCAAAAGUUCCUUUGGGGAUGGGAUGCCGAGAAGGCAGCUCUGGAUGCAUGGACUGAACUCCAAGGCAACCACGUGUCCGAACUGCGGCACCAUCUGUGAGAUUAUCUCGCAACUACACGUUCCUUCUUCAACAUGACUGGGAUUAGAUUUUAGCUUUGGCGUUUUCCUCAACGUUACGAUUAGCGACGGAUACUUACGACUGUACAUACAUACACCGCAUAGAAUGCACAUACGAAC